UGCAGCCACGCUUUGUCCGUUUGGAUUUGUCUCAGCGUCUCGUUAUGCCACCUUUUUUCCACUCUCGGAAUGACCUGACUUUGCCUCUGCCUCUCUUUUAUCUCUCACAUUGACAUAUCCUGCUGAUGGUAGCUCUCUUCUGAAUGAUACGGGCUCGUCGCCGCAGGAGAAAUGCGCCUGUUCCGGAAAUACGUCUUGCCAUCGCAUAACGAAAAGAGUGCGGGGAAGAAGAAAAAGGAGAAGAGAUUCCGCGCGUCAAGUCUAUUCAACAGCAACAGUAGCAGGGCUACCAGCAGGACUUCGCCAUUGUCUUCUUAUUCUUCUUCGAGCUCCGAUCCUACGAAACGACUGUCUGCGGAUGUCCUCGCCAGAAUAUUCUACUAUGUCUGCCCUCAUACACUCGAUGAAUCAUACAACUCGUCCGAAGAGUCGAUAACUGAAGAUGGCUGCAUGCUCUGUGAUAUGCGAGACUUGGCAUGUUGCGCUUUGGUGAACAAGAAGUGGUGCAAGUCAGCCCAAAAACUACUAUACCAGCAUGUCCGCAUUGACGCCGUCCAUUACUGUGAGCUCGAGAUUGAACUGUCGUCUAAACGCAAACGUAGCCGCUCCUUCGUCGACCAAGCCGGGAAAAAGUUGGAUGUUCCGCAGUCGCGGUUGUACCAGUUCAUGAGGACAGUUAGGGAUUCGCAGCAGCUUGCCAACACUGUUUUGUCUCUGAGAUUGCCCUACAUGACUCGAGAGGCUAGCAAAUCGGACCUCGCUCGAGCAAUAUCCGUACUCAGAAACCUACGAUAUGUCGACCUACCAGUGGGAUUCUUCACUGACGACCCCUCGUCGUACGCCUUGAAACAGGAGCUGAUGGCGAAUUGUCCCGACGUUCGACGGAUGACUUACGCACAUGGAUCCGAGAUGAGUUUCUCUAAGAUACCCGGUUCGUCAUUGUGGAGGAAUCUGGAAAGUCUUGAACUAUCGAAUCUUCAAGUUGAAGAGAGUACGUUACGGCAGGUUCUCUCUUCGUUUCCUGCCUUGCGAUGCUUGAAAUUGGAGAGUAUGCCAUCAAUACGAGACUCUGUUUUCACGCCUAACCAGUAUCUGCCGAUGUUUCCGCCUAUCGCAAAGUUGACCAUCCGGAACAUGUUAUCCAUUACUGCUAGCGGGCUGGCUACUCACCUUUCCGUUCCUCAAAAUCAAAAGGCUCUUGAAGAGUUAGCUCUGGUGCAAUGCGGAGUUCGUCCAGAAUCACUUUAUAUGAUUUUCUCGAGGGCGCCUCGACUCGCAAAUCUCACCCUAGAACUAGAGGUGGAUAGUUCCUUUCUUACUCAAGAGGUCCCGCCUUUGGCGUCCAGGAGCCUGAAGACGUUGCACUACGAGAUCACCUGUUCAGGCAGCCCGACUGGACUACAACCUGUGACAAAAUCCCACUAUGACUACCUAAUGUCUUCGCUCAAGGCAAAUAACCUUCCAUCUCUGCGGAGCCUCUAUGUUUUAGAUUCUUCUUUCGCGGACAUACUUCUCCUGGCUCCUCCGCCGCGUCUAUUUGGUGGGGGCGAAGGCGGAUCACAGUCGUUAGGACCUGGCUUGCAACACCCUUUGACCCUGUACACGAAAGGCAUGGAUGAAUUCGAAUGGAAUGUGACCCAGUUCGAGCCCAUGUCAUCUGGUAGACGAACGAGUACGACAAGGCCGGUCAGUUUGCACUCCGCGCAACUGAGUCCGCAAUGGGGUGGAGAAGCGCGACAGAGUGUUCUUGUUGGAAAUGGAUUUGGAGGAUAUCUUGCUGUCCCCGUGAAUGAAGGACGACCUAUGAGUAGUGGCGGGAUUCGGGGUAAUAAAAGGGACAGCAAGUAUGACCUCUGGAGGUGAUACCCUUUCCUUCUUAGGUUUCCAUUAUUCUCUGUAUGAUAAUCAGCUCAUCUGCAUAGCUAGUUCUUCCUAUUUGGCGUUAUUGUAGUAGGAUCUUUCAUUCAG